UAUCGCUCAACUCGAGACACCCUCUGAAAGACCAACGCUCACGAUAUGUCGCUCGCGUUCAUUCCGAGCCUGCGCCCCCUGCGCGUCACGCGCGGCGGGGCGACUUGCCGCGUUAAAAAGGUGAUAACCGCCGACGCAAAAAAAAGGAGCUUUUCUUCCUCCCGAUACUCCGGAAGCCAUUACGGCAAGACCAAGCCCGACUCCGAGGAGAAGGAGAAGAUCCCCAAGAAAUACGCGCACUCCAGCCGAUACCACGUCGGCUACCAGCGCACCGAUGCCAAGAUGCCCUUCCACGACACCGAGCGCGACGCAGAUCCCGAGCCGGCGAAGAAGGGAAUUCCCAAACGCUACGCGCAUUCCGGCCGAUACCACGUCGGCUACGAGGUCUCCCGCCCCGACGUUGACAUGAUCCACGACGGCGGCGACCACGUCGCCGAGGCGCACAAAAAUCAGUCGAAGGGCAUUCCCCGCAGGUACGCCACCUCCAGCAGGUACCACGUCGGGUACGAGGUGUCCAGGCCCGACGUCGACAUGAUCCACGACAAGGGGAUGCACGAGUUCGUGGCGCACGCCGCGCACGCGGUGUCGCCUCCGUUCAAGCCCCGCAAGUCGUUCGCGUCGUCAUCCCGCUACGGCGGUAACCGCGUCGGUCUGUCCUCCUCCCGCGCGGAGAAGAAGCGCGUCGACGAAGCUAAGCGCUACGCGUGGGCGAGGCGCGACCAGGAGGAAGCGCUCAAGGCGCUAAAGUCCACCAAGUCGACACGCGCGGCGGCGUCCGGCGACGUCAAGCCCGCGAGGGUGACCAAGUACGUCGGCGCCAACCCCCACCACGACAAGUACUUCGACUGGGAGAAGGAGGAUCAGCGCCUGAACAUCGUCAACGAGGUCAUCGAUCGACACCUCCGCGACGCCGACGAGGAGUGCCAGGUGAACUGGAUCCACGGGAUGUUCUCCGGCGGCCACGAGGAGGAGUGCGUGCGCGACGUGGACGCCAUCAUGUCCAUCGUCGCCAAGCACACAGACCUCGCCGAGGCCGUCGCCGUCGUGCGAGAGCUCGUGGAUAGGGGCGGAAGCUCGGCGGCGAACGCGGUAAGGACGUGGUGCGCGGCUCACGCCGAUCUGCCCAACGCGACGGCGCUCUCGGCUAUGCUCGACGACAUGUCCAAGGGCAAGAGCAUCGGCACCCCAUCAAACUGAGCCCCCGCGCCGAGAAGACGACGACCGAACGAACCGAGAAGACCCGCUCGUGGCGGGUCGUCGUGUGUAACCGAAAUACCAUGUAAUACGACGCGCCGCCUUGUCUG